AUGGUUCCUGGUUCCUCGUCUGCUGAAUCACUGUUCGCAUCUGGCUCGUUGCUACCUGACCUUCACCAUCCUGUAUCUGGCGCCAUGUUCUGGCAAAACUGGUACACGUGCCUCCUGGCCUUCUACGCAGGAACGACAUAUGCCGCAUGCCCAAGUGGUGCAUCAGCGCAGAACAGCAGUAUCCGCGGCUUCGAGUACCAAUACCCAUGGCCAAUCCACUAUCAUGAGGUCGUAUCGCAGCAACAGCAGUUAUGCCAGGCUUACAUGGAUGUCGCACCGCCUACCCAAUACCAUAACGACACGCCGACAAGCACAAAGACUGCCGUGCUUCUCCAUGGCAAGAACUUCUGUGGCGUAACAUGGGAAGUCACCGCGAGGGAGCUCCUGGCACAAGGAUACCGUGUCAUUCUUCCGGACCAAAUUGGCUUCUGCAAAAUUUCGAAGCCGGAUUGGUAUCAGUUCUCACUACAACAACUGGCCGCCAACACGAAGGAUAUUCUGGAUCAUCUCAACGUGACCGGCGGCGUGACAGUAAUAGGCCACAGUAUGGGCGGCAUGCUCGCGGCCAGAUUCACUCUAAUGUACCCUGCCCUCGUCUCGCAGCUCGUCUUGGUCAACCUUCUGGGCCUGGAAGACUGGAAAGCCAAAGGCGUGCCCUACAGAUCCAUCGACGCCAUCUAUGCAACAGAACUGGCCACGAACUAUACCUCGCUACGCACAUACCAACAGCGGACAUACUACUCCGGAACGUGGCAGCCCGCGUAUGAUGUGUGGGUCAACAUGCUCCUACAGGUAUACCAAGGAACGCGACGACUUACGUUCGCAUUCAGCCAAGCUCUUACGACGGAUAUGGUCAUGACCCAGCCGAUUGUGUAUGAGCUGCCGCUGCUGGGAGGGACGAGGACGUUGCUUCUUAUUGGCUUGACGGAUAACACGGCGAUUGGGUCAGCGUGGUCGCCACCAGAGGUGCCAGCGCAACUGGGACAUUACGAUGUCCUGGGCAAAGCAGCGAAGAACUCAAUCGGGGAGAACUGCACGUUGAUCGAGUUCGAUGAUCUCGGCCAUGCACCGCAGAUCCAAGCACCGGAGAGAUUUCACGAGGCACUUCUGGGCUGGCUUGGGUAA